UGUCAAAGAGGAAAUAUACGGGCCACGAGCUAUUUUUAGACUAACAGGAAAACUCGCCGCUGGAGACGCAUUUACUUCUCACAAGCAACAAAGAGAAGACGUACAUGAUUUAGAUUUGUUUAAAUUCUACAAGUAAGAAAGACUGGAGAUGAAAUGUGUUUCUUGUCAAUCGAUUCUUGUGGUAUUUCUGGUAUCUCAAGUUAGUGGAGGGAAACCUUCAAUAUUUAGCGUAUUUGGCAGUCUGGGUCUCAUACUCCAAGAUCAAACACAAAUUUACCCAGUUGUAACUGAGAGAGCAGCAGACCCUCGCCUUCUUAAUUUUUCUUCGUCACUGAAUACACCAGAAGCCAUUUCAACCACGGGUAGUUCUUUAAGUGGCGUUGAAAAUAAUAACAUCACCCCGUCUAGCCGGCCCGAGGCAAUCAGUGCGACUGGAACAGCAGAUGUUAGCAGCGAAGCCACAGGUACAGAAAACAAAGCCCCCCUUACAACGACAUCAAAGCCCGCUCACCUGGGGACGACAGGUGGUCAGAUAAUUGGCUUCACUGCGUCCUCUACAUCUGACGGAGUUAACAGCGCCUUAACAAUGGAGGAUGGCAUUAAGGAGAACAAUGACCCUCCCGUAAGUAGCCAGAGUAGUAUAAAUGAAGACAACCUAACUGGAUCGGGCACACAGAGUUCUGAAGUUAAUCAGACUGUUAACAUGGCCAGUGAGGGAGUCAAGUUAGCCACCAAAGAGGUCCAUAAUACUAGUAUACUGGGCACUGGCCUGAAUCUGUCAGAGUGGACAGUGACCCUGGCGGUCUCAGGAUUUGCCCUUGGGGUUCUCCUCAUGUGCCUGGCAGCUUUCUUGGUCUACAGAAGAAAGAAGAAUAAGUGGAGUGAACGUUAUUUUGUAGAAGCACCAAACCACAUCCCCAAUGAUCUCCGAGAUGCGGAUUUGCAGUCUAUCUUCACAGAGAAAUAUGGCCGCAGUGAGUGUAAGGAUGUGACCCAGGCCUUGCAUGCAAUUCCAGAAAACACUCUGCAGAUGCAACUCAGCAAGAAUAUUUACAACCAGACAAAGGAUUUUACCAAAGGAGACAAAAUCUUUACCACCAAUCCCCCACUGGAGGCCACAGACAUUCAGGGACCAAGGUCAACAUACAUGGGGACAGAGUCAAUUUUUGUGGUCCAGUUUUCUGGAAUGGUGACCAGUGAAGGUGGGAUUAUUCAGAGCCCAGAAUCAGAGGUGUCCAUCCAUGUUCCUCCUGGGGCUGUUCCUGCAGGCAGGGUCCAGGCCAUCCAUGUGAACGUGUCCCUCAACCCAUGGCCUUUCAAUCUCGUCCUUGGUGAUGAUGAGGUCCAGCUGACACCUGUCGUGGAGUGUCUAGCUCCAGGUCUCAAUAGUUUCCUCAAGCCAGUCACAGUGGUCCUGCCGCACCGGGCAUAUCUCCAUGACGACCAGUGGUCUAUGUGUGUCCAGUACAGCCAGUCUCCAGUAGGAAGUAUAAUGGCGUGGCAUGAUAUACCAGCACAGAAGAUCAACAACAAGAAACAAGCCAUUUCGUACUCUUUCGAUGAUCGCUAUGUCAGGAUAAGCACCACACACUUUACAACAUACACCUGCUCAGGCUGUGGCAAGAACAAGAAACUCCGGCUCUCUGCUGUGGCAUUUGGCAACUACCAAGAUUUCCAGGGACAUCAACAAGUGAAUUUUAGAACCUACAUUUGUGAUGACUUUGUGGAUGCCCAGAAGAGAAUUUUGGAGUUAGAGGGCCCCCUAGGAGGCCGCCAGCGCACCCAGUAUCAGCCACUGGUUAUGCGUAAUUCCAAGAACUGGGAAAUAAAAUUGAUCAGUGCAGAUGAUCAGCAGUGGCCUUGGAAAUUACAUCAUCAAGAUGAAGUAACAAAGGUAAUCCCAGUAGAGCUGACUUAUCACUGCUGCGGUACUCCACCUUCCGUGAACUUUCGCUGCCUCUCCAAGGCCAACUGCCAGCCAGGCAUUGAGGCAACGUUCCAAGUGGCACAGCUGAGGAGAAAAAGAUCAGAGAUGGUCCCUGUGGAACUCCUCACACAUAACUUCAACUUUACAUCCGAGAGCCAGACUGGACAUGAGCUCUCCAAAUACCUUGAGAUGAGGCUAUCCCAGGCACAGGUGAAUUAUAUUGAAAACCAGCUGUCCCCUCAAGACCUGCCCACUCUAGCCAGAAAUCUCGGACUCACUGAUGCACAGUUGGAUGUCAUAAAAAGUGACCACCAGAACAACAGUCGUGAACAAACGCACCAGGCUAUUGUUCACUGGCAAAGACUAAACGGCCAAAUGGCAACCGCGGGGAAAUUCUGCAAAGCACUAGAGAGGUCCAAUUUGAAACUGUUUGCAGAGGAGCUUGAAAGACUUGAGAUUAUUGCUUGAGAUUUACACUUUUUUCAGGCUUUUGCCAAUUUAUUUAUUGGAAGAGGGAUAGGUGGAUUGAUGACAGUGAUAUUGUGCUGGAAACAAAGUAUUGCUAUUUAUAGAAUUUUGAUUUUUUUGCUAUUUACAGACUCUCUCUGAGAUUCAUUAAGAAAUCAAAGUUGAUGUUGGCUUUGAGAGACUAAGGAGAUUUACAAAUGAAAAUAGGAGUAUGAAGGAUGUACCAAAAUUAAAUUGGCUUUUUUUGAUAGAAAGUUUUGGGACAAGAGGAUUAAGAUAGCAAGAAUCCCCGUUUUUGUUGUCAGUUAAGUAGAACCAGCUAGUCACUUACAGCCUGGGUUUUUAUUUUGAGAGGAAACAUUAUAAAAUGCUCAUUAAACUGCAUAAGUAAAAUAUCAUCAAUUAUAUUUUAUACUCAAUGUAAUUUUAAAGCUAUAAAGGUGCUUCUACUUAUUACGAAAAAUUCAAGCCAAACCAGUACAGGGUAACAUUUUUUUUUGUGUGGUAUCUGAAGACCUUCACUUCACGUCAAGAGAGAACAAAGCAGCCUACUGCAAUUUAUUUUUGAUAUUUUAAAAUGCUAUAUUGAAGUUUAUAAUACUACAUUAAGCAGUUGGUUAACCAACUCUUUUCUCAACUGAUCUCAGGUUGUAAAUGCUGCGACCAUGACCAAGUAACUGACAAUGCACGUUUUUGUGAUAAUUAAUGGCAUUUGUGUACUUAACCUCAAUCCAUCCAGAUGCAAUGUAAGACAAAGAAAAAUUGCAAUAAAGACUAUUUCAUGUAAAAUAAA